GUACCUGAUAAACCAGAUGGUGUUGCGGCAAAGGCUAAUAUUUCAUCCACUUCAAUCACAUUGAGUAUAUUCGACACUAAGGGCUUUGCUACGCAUUACAAAGCAGUAGACCAGAUGAACGUAUCAAAACACACAACGUUUCCUCGAUCUCGUCAAUCUGAGAGGCACACGUUUCAUGGUAUCGAUGGCCUGACCCCAUUUAGAAAUUAUACUUUCUGCGUGUAUUCCAUAGUACGGGAUAAUGGUACAGACACCAGCAGUACAAACUGUACACUAUCAGUACCAAUUGUAGAAACCGGUAUGAUAUAGAAAGUGGAUUGAUAAAAAGUAGUAGGAUGUGACAUGGGGUAUAUCACAAGAAUGGUAUCAAUAUUUCCCGAGGGAACGCAGGGACCCGGUGUAAACGGGUAGGAGGUCCUAUCAAAUUAUGGUCCUACUCUCCAUUGAUUUAUAUGGUGACCUAAAUACAACUCUUUCCCUCAUUAUCUUAUACACAAUCAGGGCCAGUAAGGGCCGUUAAGAAAGGGGACCAUAAUCCCUGGGGGACCAUAAUUUCUUUCACACCGGGAUGAUAUCA